AUGAGUUCAUCAUCGAAACGACAAUUACCAAAUGUAAACUUGGAAUCGACUGAAAAGAUUCGUAAUUUGAAUACAGCAUUAAUUAAUACAGAAAAUAAUUUACGACAUGCACAACAAAAUUUCGAAUUAUUAAAACAUAUUCAACAACCAACAUCUACAUCUUUAUUAGAUACAUUUCGAAAUAAUGGUACUGCUAAUGAUGGAUUUCUUACAACAAAUGAUUCUCAUUAUGAUCAAGAACAAAUAACAACGAAUUCACGACGUAGUUCAUCAUCGAAUAAUCAACGAAGUAAUAGUAAUAAAGGUGUUCGUUUCAAUGAUGAUGUCACUGGACGUUCAUUACAAAAUCUUAGUAAUGAUUUACAAUCAUUAUCAACUGAACAUGGAAGACUUAAACAUGAAAUUAGUAGAACAACACCUUCAAAACAUCAAAAAGAAUCAUUACAUUUAGCUGAUAGUGAUGAUGAUGAAGUAAAUGAUUCAUUUCUAUCCAAAAAUGAUCCAUUGGUUGAAGAGAUUGUUCAAUCACGUCUUGAUCGACGUUUACAAGAAAUCGAACGUGAAAUGAAACGAGAUAAAAAUCCACAAGGAGAUGUUCGUGCACUUAUUAACGAAAUUCAAUUACAACGAAAAUUAACAACACCAAUUCAAAAUGAUGAAGAUAAAAUUGUUCAAGCUAGACUUUUACUUGCUGAAUCAAAUAAACAGAUGUAUGAAUCUCAAUUACUUAAUACUAAACGACAAUUAGAAGAAAGUGAAAUCAAUAAAAAUUUAUUAGUACAACAGGUAACACAACUCAAGGAUCAAUUAAUGAAUAAUGAAUUUGAACGUAAUAAAUAUACAAGAGACGAUAAUUUAUUAUUAUCAACUGAUCGACGACGAAGAACAGAACCAGAUCGUCAUCAACUCGAUCAUGAUUAUUUAAUGCAACAACAAUUAAUGUUUUCAAAAUCUGUAACAUUAAAUGAAUUAGUUACAUUUAAAAAAGAACUUGAAAAAAGUGAACGUCAACGUGAACAACUUUCUGAUCAUUUAGAGAUCUUAGUUCAAAAAUGUGAUGAAAAAGAAAAACUUGCUGCAAAAACAUUGCUUGAAUUAAAAGAAAUAACAGAUAAUUGUGAUACAUAUGAACGACAAAAUACAAAAUUACAAAAUGAUUUAUCAUUAGCAUUAGAAAAAUUAGAAGAAAUGACACAAGAAGCUGAACGUUAUGCACAAGAAUCAAUGAAUUAUCAAAGACAAUCAACUGAUUCCGAACAAAAACGAGAAGAAUUCAAAAUUCAAGCGCAAGAAACAAUAAAACAAUGGAAAGCAAAAGUUAAAAAACUUGAAAAAGAUGUUGAUCGACAUAAAUUUGGUUCAACACAAGUCUUAGAAAGAAAUGAACAAUUAGUUAAAGAUAUGGAAAAUUAUCGAGCACAAAAUAUAACUUUACGUGAACAAGUUCAAAAACUUGAAACGGAUUUAAAUGAUGCACAGACGAAACAUAGCCGAUUAGAAGAACAUUUUAAACGAAAUGAAAAUGAUUCUAAUCAAUUUCGUACAUUACGUUCUUCACAGGAAGCAGAACUUACAACACUUAAAAGCACAGUUCAUGAACUUGAAAAUCAACUUUCUACUUAUCGACAACGUUAUUCUCAAUAUGAGAAAGAAAAACAAAAUCUUCAACAAUUAUUACACGAUGAAAUAAAUCAUCGAAAUAAUCUUGAAUCAAAAUUAAAACAAUCUGACCAAGAUAUUGAAAUAUUUAAUUCAUCUCGUUCACAACUUCAACAACAUGCUAUUGAACUUGAAAAUGAACGCAUGGAUUUCUUACAAAAAAUUAAAGAAAUCGAAUUCGAACGAGAUUCAUUAUCUAUUCAAUAUCAUUCAAUUUCGAAAACAUUUAAUGAUGAAAAAACAAAAUUUCAAACAAAACUUGCUUCACUUGAAAGUGAUUAUGAUGAAAUGAAAAGAAAAUUAGAUACAUCAAAAAUGGAAUAUACACGUGGAAUGAAAACAUAUCAAGUUGAUUAUGAAAAUAAAAUUGAAACACUUAAAUUACAAUUAUCGGAUGAAAAAGCACGAAUUGCAAUUUUACAAAGACAUGAAAAUGAGAAUAAAAAAGAUAUUGAAAAAAUUCAAGAAAAAGCAAUGAAAUAUGAAGAUGAAUCAACACAAGCACAAUAUACAAUUGAUAAUUUAACACGAGAAUUAAGAGAAAAGACUCGAUUAAUUGAAGAAUUAGAAUCAAGAGUUCUUAAAUUAACAGUUGAAGCAGCAAAUGAAAAAAAUCAAAAUAUAAGAAAAGAAAAAGAUUAUCAACAUUCACUUCAUACAGUUUAUAAUGAUAUUACAUAUUGUACUGAAUGUUUAUCAAAUGAUUCCGAAGAACCAUUUAUUAUUGAUUCACCAACAAGUUCUCGUGAUGAUUUUGAAACAUGGUUAAGUAAAGUUAAAGCUCGUCUUGCUUGGCUUAAACAAGAAUUAGAAAUUCGUCAACAACAUGAAAAUAAACUUCGUCAUGAUCUUAAUAAUGCAUUACUUGAUAGUGAAUCUGAUAGAAAAUAUUUUGCAGCUGAAUUAGCCAAACGAGAAGUUAUUAUUGAUGAUUUAGCACGUGAAAAACAUAAUUAUAAAGAUUUUGAAAGAGAUACAUCGGAUAAAAUGAGAUUAUUACAAAGUCAACUUGCAAGAGUUGAAGGGCAUUCAAUAAAAGAAUUAGAACGUGCAAAACAAUUACAAACAGUUGAAAUGCAAAUGGAAUAUGAGAAAAGACGAGCAUUAACUGAAGAUGAAAAAGAUCGUAUUAAUGAUCGAUAUCGACAGUUUCAAACAAUGAUUGAUUCAGUUAAACGAGAAUUACAUUCAGCAAAAGUUCAACUUUCAAACAAAAAUUCAUAA